AUGACCAUCCGCACCAACUUGGAGCAGCCGUUGACAUCGGAGUAUCACGUGACGCUGGCACAGGGUGCUGCAGACAGUCCGCUUUUAGUGUUUAUCCCCGGAAAUCCCGGGCUCAUUGACUACUACACGACUUACUUGGACUUGAUCAGCGUCGAGUACCCGGACCACGACAUCUUGGCAAUAAGCCAUGCCGGAUUCCAGACAUCAGGCGACUUUGUCGCUGAUGCCGCGGCUCAGAAAUACGUGUUCUACGACUUGGAGUACCAGAUCCGCCAUAAGUGCAGCAUCAUCAAGAAGUAUAUUGCGCAGGGCCAUACUCGACUCAGUUUUCUCUGCCAUUCCGUGGGGGGCUACAUAACUCAGAGGGUGGUGGCUCGGCUUCUUGCAGACAAAAACGUCGGGCCCAAAAUCAGCAUCGAAUUCAUUGGCUUGGUGUGCCCGACCAUCGUGGAUAUUGCCAAGUCAGAUUCCGGGGUGUUUUUCACCAAGCUCUUCACUUACUUGCCGUUAAUACAGCUUGCCGUUUGGUUUUUGGUGGUACUCCAGACCAUUUUCCUGGACUCGCUUGCCAGGAAAAUCAUCAGCAAGCUUGUCAUCGCUCGUCCCCAGGCCACGUGUGAUAAGCUGAAGGAAGCCUGGCAAAACUCCAUCAGGGCCACAUUCAAGAUCUACAAGUCCAAGCGCAUAACCCGCCAGACGCUCGAGUUGGCCCGCGAGGAGCUCCAGGUUAUACACAGGGACGACGACAUAAAUGACUGGUUUUUCAAUGAGCUUCCCGCCUCUCAUGGAACCAGGCUUUGGUGCUUUUUUGCAGCAAGCGACUACUGGGUCCACGACAAUCUGCGGGACUACAUAUUGGGCCGGUACCACGAUCAGGACAACCUGCACGUGCGGUUCCAAAUCGGAGAGCCCAGCACCAAAAGCACGCCGGCCAUCACCCACUCGUUCUGCAUCGACCAAAGCGUCGAGUUCGCCGAGAUCACGUGCGCGGCUCUUCGGUUUAAGGCUUGA